CAUGCUGGGGUAGCAUGAUAGCGUGUGUUUCCGGCGUAGUGAAUGUGUACAGCGGCAUUCUGACUCCUCUUUCUCGCAACCCUGUAGAACAGACGGACUGACUCCCUAACUCCUCAUCUGGUCUCCCCCCAAACGGUUUGCGUAAAGAAUCAGCGAUCAUGGCUUCAUCCGCGUCCGCACAGGCUCAAACAAACCCUGCUCCGGCUUCGCCGCUGCAAAGAGGCAUAGUUAAGAUGGUGUUGUCGGGCUGUGCCAUCAUUGUGCGAGGUCAGCCGCGGGGCGGACCCCCGCCGGAGCGCCAGAUCAACCUCAGCAACAUCCGAGCCGGAGCGUUGGCCCGCCGGGCCGCCCAGAGCCAGCCCGACACCAAGGACACUCCGGAUGAGCCGUGGGCCUUCCAAGCGCGAGAGUUCCUGCGAAAGAAGAUGAUCGGCAAGGAGGUGUGCUUCAGCGUGGAGAUCAAGACCGGCCUGGGCAGGGAGUACGGCAUGGUGUACCUCGGCAAAGACACGACGGGGGAGAACAUCGCCGAGUCCCUGGUCACCGAGGGCCUGGCCACAGUGCGCAGGGAAGGAAUCCGAGGAAACAACCCUGACCAGGCCAGAUUGUGCGACCUCGAGGACCAGGCCAAAGCCGGCAAGAAGGGGAUGUGGUCGGAAGGGGGCGGUGCGCACACCAUCCGCGACCUCAAAUACAGCAUCGAGAACCCGCGCAACUUCGUCGACUCGCUGCACCAGAAGCCUGUCAACGCUAUCAUCGAGCACGUUCGUGAUGGGAGUGUCGUCCGAGCCCUCCUCUUGCCCGACUACUAUCUGGUCACCGUGAUGCUGUCCGGUGUUAAGUGUCCCACGUUCAAGCGCGAGCCAGAUGGCGCGGAGACGCCGGAGCCCUUCGCCGCCGAGGCCAAGUUCUUCACCGAGUCGCGCCUCCUGCAGCGUGACGUGCAAAUCAUCCUGGAGAGCUGUCCCAACCAGGUCAUCCUGGGGACCAUUCUGCACCCGAACGGGAACAUCACGGAGCUGCUGCUGAAGGAGGGCUUCGCCCGCUGCGUCGACUGGUCCAUGGCGGUCUACACGCAGGGAGCCGACAAGCUGAGAGCCGCAGAACGGUCCGCCAAAGAGCGCAAGGUGAGGAUCUGGAAGGACUACGUUGCCCCCACUGCCAACCUGGACCAGAAGGACCGCCAGUUUGUGGCCAAGGUGAUGCAAGUUGUGAAUGCCGACGCCAUCGUGGUGAAGCUGAACUCCGGCGAGUACAAGACCAUCCACCUGUCGAGCAUCCGACCCCCAAGGAUCGAGGGAGAGUCCAAUCAGGAAAAGAACAAGGACAAGGACAAGAGGUUCCGUCCCCUCUACGACAUCCCUUACAUGUUCGAGGCCAGGGAGUUCAUGCGGAAGAAGCUCAUUGGGAAGAAGGUCAACGUCACCGUCGAUUACAUCAGAGCCGCCACGGCCGCCACCGACGGCGGCUCCAUCCCAGCCUUCCCAGAGCGCACCUGUGCCACCGUCACCAUCGGAGGAAUCAACAUCGCCGAGGCCCUGGUCAGCAAGGGGCUGGCCACCGUCAUCCGCUACCGGCAGGACGACGACCAGAGGUCAUCCCACUACGACGAGCUGCUGGCCGCCGAAGCCAGGGCCAUCAAGAACGCCAAGGGACUCCACAGCAAAAAGGAGGUCCCCAUUCACAGAGUCGCUGACAUUUCUGGGGAAACCCAGAAGGCCAAACAGUUCCUGCCCUUCCUCCAGCGGGCCGGCCGCUCGGAGGCGGUGGUCGAGUACGUCUUCAGCGGCUCCCGCCUGAAGCUGUACAUGCCAAAAGAGACCUGCCUCAUCACCUUCCUGCUCGCCGGUAUCGAGUGCCCGCGCGGGUCCAGGAGCACGCCCGGGGGCGUCCAGGAGGCGGAGCCUUUUAGCGACGAGGCCACGCUGUUCACCAAAGAGCUGGUUCUUCAGAGAGAGGUGGAGGUGGAGGUGGAGAGCAUGGACAAGGCCGGGAACUUCAUCGGCUGGCUCCACAUCGACGGCGUGAACCUCUCGGCGGCGCUGGUGGAGCACGCCCUCUCCAAGGUGCACUUCACGGCCGAGCGCAGCCCCUACUACAAGACGCUGCUGUCGGGAGAGGAGGCCGCCCGCCAGAGGAAAGAGAAGAUCUGGGCCAAUUACGAGGAGAAGCCCACGGAGGAGGUGGUGCAGGUGACGGAGGAGAAAGAGCGCAUCGCCAACUACAGGCCCGUGUACGUGACGGAGAUCACGGACGAACUUCACUUCUACACCCAGGACGUGGAGACCGGCACCCAGCUGGAGAACCUGAUGGAGACGAUGAGGGCCGAGAUUGCCGCCCACCCGCCCGUGGAGGGGUCCUAUGCACCACGCAGGGGGGACUUCUGCAUCUCCAAAUUCGCCGACGGAGAAUGGUACAGAGCGCGUGUGGAGAAAGUGGAGUCGCUAGCCAAAGUCCACGUGUUCUACAUCGAUUAUGGCAACAGAGAGACGGUGCCCUCCACCAGGCUGGCCGCGCUGUCCCCCGCCUUCAACGUCCGAGCCCUGCCGGUGCAGGCCACGGAGUACGCCUUCGCCUUCAUCCAAGUCCCGCAGGAUGAGGACGCGCGGGCGGACGUGGUGGACAGCGUGGUGCGGGACAUCCAGAACACGCAGUGCCUGCUGAACGUGGAGUACGGGGGCGCCAGCUGCCCCCACGUCACGCUGCAGUUCUCCGACUCCAAGGACGACGUGGGCCUGGGCCUGGUCAAGGAGGGCAUGGUCAUGGUGGACGUGCGGAAAGAGAAGCACCUGCAGAAGAUGGUGACUGAAUACCUGAAUGGCCAGGAAUCAGCCAAGACCGCCAGGCUGAACAUAUGGCGCUACGGAGACUUCCGGGCUGACGAUGCCGACGAGUUCGGCUACAACCGCUAACCGUGCCGCACAGAAGAGCCUUGUGGGAGACGCGCUCUCGCCGAAAAAAAAA